CGAACCGCGCCGCAGUGUCUCCUCCGGAUCAAGCGGGAUAUCAUGUCCAUUUAUAAGGAGCCUCCUCCAGGAAUGUUCGUUGUACCUGAUACUGUUGACAUGACUAAGAUUCAUGCAUUGAUCACAGGCCCAUUUGACACUCCUUAUGAAGGGGGUUUCUUCCUGUUCGUGUUUCGGUGUCCGCCCGACUAUCCCAUCCACCCACCUCGGGUCAAACUGAUGACAACGGGCAAUAACACAGUGAGGUUUAACCCCAACUUCUACCGCAAUGGGAAAGUCUGCUUGAGUAUUCUAGGUACGUGGACUGGCCCUGCCUGGAGCCCAGCCCAGAGCAUCUCUUCCGUGCUCAUCUCCAUCCAGUCCCUGAUGACUGAGAACCCCUAUCACAAUGAGCCUGGCUUUGAGCAGGAGAGACAUCCAGGAGACAGCAAAAAUUACAAUGAAUGUAUUCGGCAUGAGACCAUCAGAGUGGCGGUCUGUGACAUGAUGGAAGGAAAGUGUCCCUGCCCUGAACCUCUACGAGGGGUGAUGGAGAAGUCCUUCCUGGAGUAUUAUGACUUCUAUGAGGUAGCCUGCAAAGAUCGCCUGCACCUUCAAGGCCAGACUAUGCAGGACCCUUUUGGAGAGAAGCGGGGCCACUUUGACUACCAGUCCCUCUUGAUGCGCCUGGGACUGAUUCGUCAGAAAGUGCUGGAGAGGCUCCAUAAUGAGAACGCCGAAAUGGACUCUGAUAGCAGCUCGUCUGGGACAGAGACAGACCUGCACGGGAGCCUGAGGGUUUAGACCCUGCUCCCCUCUCCCCUCCCCUACUCGAGAGUCCCAGCAAAGUCCCUUCCCCCCACCCCAGGGAUGGAGAGGCACUGUGUAUCUCCCUCCAAAUGUGACGUCAUCCUGCAAGAUGGCAAGAACCAACCAAGCUCGGAUCCCAGGGCGUGGGAGUGGGGAGGCUGUUCCCAAAAUGACCUCCUUGGCUCUCGAGCAUCUGGGGCUAUGUUCAUCCCACAUCAGGGGCCAAGGUACCUAUGCAGGAGCACCUAGGGCGAGGGCCUCUGGCAAAAACAACAACCAACACACCUCUCCACAGGGCCAGCUCCUUAGGGAUAGGUGGGAGACAGGAAUUGCAGUUCCAAGAGGGAGUGUGCCCAAGUGAUUUAUGGGGAUAUCUGGAAGGGAGCUUGGGGUGGGGGGGCUGUCUGUGACACUUAAUGCAGUCUGGGUGGUUGUCUGUCUGUCUGUCUUCAGUCUUGAAGCAGGGCUUCCCAAUGCCCUUUUCCUCCCUGCCUCUGUUCUCCCAUUAUUUCCCAUGGGCCAGCAUAAUUUUGUUUUUCCUAAUUUAUAAUCACUGUUCUAGACAGACCAAAGAGAAGGAACAGUGGUGACGUCUAGGCUGCUGAUGAGUAAGCUUUACCUAGCACCUGAGCACCUUUCUCCUCUGCCCCCCAUCCCCACACCCAUUUCUAGAUUUAUGACAGAAGGUAAGUGUGACUGGGACUGAACCAAGGUCUUGGUAAAGCCUGCACAGGCACCAUAAGAAGCUGAAAAUGCCGUUUGUUCCCCAAAUCACCGAUUUGAAAAGUUUCCAACACAGGCAGCUGCUGCGUGUGUGGGAUUAGAGCCACUAUGUAGAAUAGUAUCUUACAGAUUUUCAUAAAUACUAGUCACAAUGAGGGUAUUCCUCCUGGGGGUGGGGCGCAGGGGGCGACGGAUGCUAGUCCUAUUGUGUUGUGUUUGGCUGUCCUUGUGUAUUUUCACCUCAGCCUGCAGUUCUCGCUUCAAAGCCCGGGGAGCUGUAGGGAGCAAGGGUAGCCAAUGGCAGAGGGGAUCGGGGCUGGGACUCUGAAGACUCCUCCCCUUCCCUCCCCGCCCCUCCCCCGCCCCUCCCAGCUGCUCUUUGUCACUGGUUCUGAUGGGUGUUUGGCUGUGUUGCUUCUCUCUCUGUAUUUAGCUGCAGUGAUCCUUUAGCUGGUUGGCUCAGAAAAAUGUGCUUUAGGUGCCCUGUGAUACUGGGCAUCGAGGGAAUCCAUCCUUCCCCUUUUGAUGUGUUCUCCCAUGCUUUCCGGAUUCUUACUGUUAGGGCUCCCGGUGGGGUGUUGGUGAUCCCCCUGACGCAGGGCCUCAGUCGGUAUCCAGCUACAUGUGAGGGAGAAGAUAACUUGUACCUGCUCUGCUCGCUGCUAUGGGAGGCCUCUGCCUUGUGGAUCAUGGGACUUACUGGGGGAGUUGGGAAGGGGGUUGGGCACAAAGGAGAAUGUCCUACUUGGGAGAGCAGGAAGUGAAGAAACUGGACAGAAAGUGGGCUUGUGGGGUGGAAGUUCAGCUUGGAUACCUGAAGGCUGGGUCUCUUCACAAGGAGACUCAGGAAGGAACCCUGCUUCCAGUUUCCCUCUUCCAUUCCCAGAGCUAGUACAGGGCUUAAAAUAAUGCCCUUGGUCAGUUGGUCCAGUGUUGUCUGUCAUCCAUUUAAGUGUUCCCACUUUCAAGUGACAAUCCUCUCCUGGCCCUGCCAUGGGCAGAGCAUGUCUGGCAUACUAGCCUGACUUUUACGCCCUAAUCUUGAGUUGAGGAAAUAUAUGCACAGGAGUCAAAGAGAUGUCUUUAUAUCUGACUGUACAUAAAUGAAGUUUUUUUUUUUUCUUUUUGGUGCAAUAAAGUUUGUUUUGGCAGAAGGAGGAAGCGCUUGUGGGUGUGGGAGGGUUUGUGUAAAAGGAAGAAUGGGAUCAUGACAAACACACCUCUCACUUAGGCCUGAAACUGUCAGGGAUAAAGAUAGUGCUCAGUGGAAGCUGAAAACCUGUGUUACAUCACGCGGGUAGAAGCAGGGUUACGGCAACAGGAGCUCCCCAUCAGUCAGAAAUAGGGUCGGUCCUGUUUUGAGGCCUUGGCAGUCAAGGAGAGGCAUGCCAUCUUUGCCUUGGUUCCUUCCAAAGAAAUACUUGUUCAGAAACUGGCAAGUGAGCAUGUCCUGCAAGGAUGGGCAGAGGUAGCGAUGGGCUUAGACUAUCCCCUUGGAGGUGUCUUCGUAUGAAUAAUCCAAACCGUUGGGUUUUCAGCUUUCUGGUACUAAACCAGCCCUUCUUAGGAAUUUAGAAUUCAGACUUAAGACUGGGUUUCACUUGCAGCUCAUCAGUACCUUCUGUACUUGCUUUGGAAAACUUGUUUUCUGGUUUCUGGAACAGGCUUUUCCUCUUGGCCGACCAUGUGUGUAGGAAGAAAUUAUAAAACGACCUACCUGUGCCGUGCAAAGCUAGAUACGGGAAACUGUGCACUCUGGGGUUAAUGGACCUCGACUCUAGCUUUGGCUCUGUUUCUUAAGCUGGUGGCCCCAGGCAAAUUAGAUUCCUCUCCUACAAAGUUAGGAUACCUACUUAACCUUUUAAGGUUGCUAUGAGGAAUAAAUAAGGUGUAUAUAAGACUGGGUGUAGGGUAGGUGUUAAUAAAUGAUUCCUUUUCCCACCACGAAGGUUAGAGGGACCUGGUGAUCAUUAUGGGAGGGAAAGCUAGUGAGGAACUUGAGAAACGAUACUACAUCCACUAUUGGCUGAUUCCCCUCAAUUCUAUUGUUUUCUCUAAUCACCAUUUAACAUUAACCUCUAUUUCCUUCACACUCAUAGCUGAAUCUGCCAUAACCUGGAACCUCUACAGAGAAAGCUAGAAGAGACUGAAAAAGUGAAUAUUAUUUACGGGUCCAUUAGGGUCUGCUCAUUUGAGAUAAAGAAUACUUUAUAAGGAAGAGGUCUGAAUUUACAGAAGCUCUAAUUUUAUGUCUCGGGGUUAUAGAGACUAGACUGGCCAGGAGACAGAUGGCCUUCAUCCUAGGCCCAGCUCUACCAUGAACUUGUAGAUGACCUGUGCAAAAGUCAUUUUAUAUGUGCUUGCUGUUAUCUGUGUUACUCAGGUUAUCCUUAAUGGAUAAACAAGGUUUUCUCCAAUAAAGAUGCAAUGUGAAGGCACUUUAAAAAAAUAAAAUAAUGGAUGAAGAAUAUUGGGGGAAGAAAAAACUUGGAAUUUUUUUGGUUUUUUGUCUUUUUUUAAAAGAGUUGUCCAGGUUUUAUUCACCACCAGCUCCUCCCUCUUCUCCCUGCCUGCUGCCGUGCCCCCUUCCACAUUUCGUCAGGGGAGGGCUUCUCUGGCCUCCUCAGCUGUAAUCUCCUGGGAGUAGAGGUCAGUGAAGAGAGCUGGCAGCCAGUAGUGGGCCUCCCCUGGGGCCUGCAGGUCCAGCCACGCCAGCCCUUCCUUCAGCAGGUGUUCCUGGCAGGAAAAGGAAGGAAACGUCAAUUGAGAAGGGGGCAUUCCCACAAAGUAGGGCAGAUAAACAAUCUCCAAACCCAAUUUUGGCUUCAGUGGGGUUUUUGAACUAAAUCUACACGAGUGCCUUCACAUAUUUACACAACCAAACUGGAAUGAUCUGUUUAGCCUUGAUCUUUGCCUGAGGUGUGAAAAAUGCCACCAAGUUGCUUAACUUGUGUUGCUGUGAAAGAGGGUAAUGACAAGUGGAAUUCUGUGGAAGGAAGGUAGGGCUACAGAAAUAUUUGCUGUAUGGCCUUGAGCAAAUCACUAACUCCAUUCCCCGAAGCCAAAAGGAGAUCACUAUCUUUCAGUUAACUUAACUGGGUAACAGGCAGAUGUGGGAAAACCUUGGAGAAGUUAAUGGAAGGGCCAUAUUAAUCAAUGGACUCACAGUUCCUACAGCUGGAAGUAUGCUCCAGAUGGGUUGGUUCUGCUCAAUACCAUCAAACAAAUGUUUAUGUUAUCCCCACUUCACAGAAGUUUAUAGUUUAACUGCCCGGGUAAGGAAGAAGGUAUUGAAAGCCAGGGCCCCCUACAUGUUCAUGCUACUCCCCCUUCACAACAUCAGCCUUUCAUUAGUACUAUGAAAUCUGUGUAUAUAUAAAACUAUACAUAAUGUGCAAGAUAAUAGUAUAUAAUUGUAGAUAUGUAAUUAUCAUUAGUAGUUAAUGAUUCCCUUCAUGCUGUGCUAACAGUGUUACUUCCAGUACAAACCAUAUUAACCAUCUGACCAGGCCCUACAGGUCAGGAGAGAGGUGCUGGGGCUCCUCAGCGGCAGUGGCAGCCUGGUCAUGCCCAUGUGCCAGGGUGGGAAGCCUGCCUUGCUUGAGUUCUACCUCUCAGUGCCAUCUCCAGAGAAAUGCUGGGGUCACUUCUAGGGUGGCAGCAGCAGCCUUCAAGGCAAGUCAGUAAAGAGAGGCUGAAGCCCCUGUCUGUGUGGUACCUGUCAACCCACCUCCUCCCAUCUGGGGCCCGUCUUUUCUGGGCCAUCUCAAAAGUCACCUACCAGUACUUGCCGCGCUCGCUCGGUCUCCCAUUUAAGACUGGCUUUGAUAUCACUGACAGUCACGUAGCCAUUUUUCUGAAGGAAGGAGGAAUGGGGAGUGAGUUAAGAGUGUGCUUAGAACCAGCAUCUUCCCAGGGACAAUCAGUUUAUCCAGACAGAAGGGGGAAUUGCCCUUGGGUGAAGCCUAAGAGAGCACAGAAAAAGAAUGUUUACAGGUUCUGGCAGAGAGAGAACAAGAGAAAAGUGACUUUCAGGGUGAUAGAGAUACGUUGAGGGGUUAAGUCUUAAAAAGUGGAGUCCCUGGCACUAAAAUAUUAAUAGAGACUUUCUCAGAGAAUUCUAAAGUAUGACAAAGAAAGAUUCAGAAUGAUUAACUGAUAGGAAGGAAUGAUCAUCAUCAUCAGCUGUUCAUAAUCUCAAAUAUUUAAAUAUUCAGCCCUUGUCCUGCCUCACCCGAACCAUUCCCCAAUCAAGAAAAGCCCCCUCCCUCCUUUAGUUUUAAUCUAUAUUACAGAAUUCAGAAAACUGAACAUGUCUUCCCUUAAAACAUGAUCGGGGGAAGAUGAUGGUGCUUAAUGCAUUACUGAGAAACGGGGGGGCAAACAAGAGUAAACAUUUGUUUUGAAGAUUUCCAUAAAGUAGUUUAAGAAUCUGUCCACCAAGGAAAUACAGUUAGUUGUCUGCAUGUCUGUCUACUCCACUAGACUGUAAGCUCCUAGAGAGCAGGAUCUACAUGGCACCCACCUUUAUCUGCCCCACAGCCUGGCCCAGUGCUCUGCACUGUAGCUGCUCAAUAAACGUCUGCUAAAUAA